AUGGAUUAUCAGCUGCUACAGGUAGUUGCACUGUUGACUGUAAUAGCAUUUGGAGACACAAGUUGGUCCAUUGAAGCUUGUAGUCCCAAUGAGUUGGAAGCUUUGAUGAGUUUCAAGAAUGGAAUUCAAAUGGACACUUCUGGUCGCAUAGCAAAGUGGGUUGGUCAGAAAUGCUGCAAUUGGGAAGGUAUUGUAUGUGAAAAUGCAACCUCUAAAGUGAUAGAGAUCAAUCUCCCAGGAUUAAUUUCCACAGAUAAUGAUUUAUUUCAAACACAGAUGAUAGGGUGGCUUUCACCUUCUAUAACUCUCCUCACCUCCAUUGAAGUCAUUGAUCUUGGUGGUUUAGUUGGUAUUGGUGGAACAAUUCCACAGAACAUUGGUUUGCACCUGCCAAAGCUCUACAAGCUCUCCCUUUAUGGCAACAACUUAACUGGCCAAGUACCAGAAAACAUUGGAGAGUUGCAAAACCUACAAGAACUGUCUCUGCAGGAAAAUAGGCUUUCUGGGUCUAUCCCUAUGAGCAUUGGAAGCCUAAAGAAUCUCAAAAGGUUGCUGCUUUAUUCAAAUCAAUUUUCAGGUACCAUACCAGACUCACUUGGGAAUUUGAUAAAUUUGGUUGAAUUGGAUGUUCAUGACAAUGCUCUUACGGGUAAUAUACCCAAUAGAGUUGGUGAGAUGAAGGCUAUUGAAAAGCUUGAUCUUUCAAACAAUUUGUUAAGCGGGAAGAUACCUUCUUCACUGACCAACUUAACUGCCAUUUCAGUUUUGUACAUUGACACCAACUAUCUUGAGGGAACCAUCCCAUUUCCCUCAAGAUCUGGUGAAAUGUCUUCCCUAGGAUUCUUAAGACUCCAUAAUAAUCACCUUGUUGGAAAUAUACCUUCCAAUAUUGGCUAUCUGGUAUCUCUUGAAAGAGUUUCAUUAUCAAACAACAAAUUUGAAGGAGCACUACCAUCUAGUUUGGGCAAUUUGGUAUCAUUGACUGAGCUUUAUCUCAGUGCCAACUUCUUAUCUGGCCAAAUACCAAAAUCAAUAGGCCAACUUUCUCAGCUCAUAAUGUUGAACAUCUCUAGAAAUUUGAUUGAAGGGCCAUUGCCCCAAGAGAUAUCUUCCCUUCAAAAUCUUCAAACACUUGAUCUUUCUUUCAACCAUCUGAAUCUCUCUGCCAUCCCAGAUUGGAUACCAAGCAUGUCAUCACUUUCCAGCAUUUACUUAGCAGGUUGUGGAAUCCAGGGUCAAAUUCCAGACAUUUUCCAAACAACCAAUAAUCCAAUACAGGAACUGGACUUGUCAAUGAACCUUCUGAGUGGAAGCAUACCAUCAUGGAUAGGAAGCCUCAGUCAACUCUACAUGUUAAAUCUCUCAAGAAACUCUUUCUAUUCAUACAUCCCUGAUUCUUUUAAGAAUUUGCAAGAUUUGGGUGUUCUUGAUCUUCACUCAAAUAGGCUAACAGGCUCCAUAGCUGGAGUGUUUGACAUGGAACAAGGUAAUUCUGGGAGAUCACUCACGUUUAUUGAUCUUUCUGAUAACAACUUCACAAGUGGAAUUGAGGAAAUUGGUGUAGGAGGGCAACGUAAUAUUCAGUUUCUGAAUUUGUCUCAUAACCUUCUGAAAGGUAGGUUACCAAAUUCCAUUGGGAGACUGAACUCUAUUCAAAGUAUGGAUUUGAGCUUCAAUGAGUUAGGGUCUAACUUGCCAGAGGAGCUGGCAAAUUUAACCUCAUUGGAGAGGUUGAAACUGCAGGAAAAUCUCUUCACUGGUAAUAUAUCAAACGGAUUUCUCAAGUUGAUAAAGCUGAAGGAAUUGAAUUUAUCUGGCAAUCUUCUUGAAGGGGAAAUUCCAUAUGGUAAACCUUUGAUUGACUUUCCUGAGAGUUCUUAUUCUGGAAAUAAAGGUUUAUGUGGAAAGCCUCUGAGUCCUUGUAAAGUUUGA